CUCCGUGUCUCCACCUCAACGCGGCCUCCAGAACCACCAAAUAAACCACUACAGCUCUCAACUCACACUAACAAAAUCAAAUUCGCGCUACAAGGAAUAGAAAUGCUACUCCGAAGCUCAUCGUCACCAAUUCUGCAAUCAUGGCCACCAAAUUCCGCAUCAGACCCCGACGCCCUGCCUCAGCUGCUACGGACCAGAUCCGUCUCCUUCACGGCCUCCUCCGCCUGCAGCUCGCCGACGCGGAUCGCGUUCGACUCAUGCAUUAGAGAACCGCUGAAGCCGAAGAAGAGCUUCCGCCCGCCUGCGCCCGAUCCGGUGAACAUCCAGGAUAGGAGCGAUGUUGUGUCGUUUUUCCUGUCGAGCUCCGGCUUGGGCGAGGCGACAGCGGUAACGGAGGAGCAUGCUAUUCCAUCUGAGAGGACUCUGCAGGAGGCAGGGGACGGCGGCGGCGGAGAGGGCGGGACGACGGGCCGGGACCUGGCCGUGGGAUUAGUGAGGCGUAUUAUGAGACGAUGAUCGAUGCUAACCCUGGAAAUCCUCUGUUUUUAGCUAAUUAUGCUAAAUACUUGAAGGAGUGUUGAUUUUGAGUUUGAUGAAGGCUUCUUCUUCGGUUAAAGCAGAUUUCACAAAAGCAGAAGAGUUCUACGAAAGAGCUAUUUUGGCUAACCCUGCUGAUGGAGAUGUGUUAUCACACUAUGCUGAUCUGUUAUGGCAGACUCACGGAGAUUCUGCUCGAGCCGAGGCUUAUUUUGAUCAAGCUGUCAAAACCGACCCCAACGACUGUUUUGUGCUGGCUUCGUAUGCUCGUUUUUUGUGGGAUGCUGACGACGAUGAGGAAGAAGAAAAUGACGUAGAGGCGGCCAAGGCCUCAAACAACCAAUAUGCAGCGGGAAGUCAUAAGUCACCUUCUGAAUUCAUCACAACUGAAUCUCAUUGGCCUCCUCUUGCUGCAGCUUCUUGAUCUAAUGCAAUCUCUCUCAAUAAGAGUGUGUAUACGUGAAGAGAUUGCUAUAUAGAUGAGCUUUGUGUAACAGUAUCUUCUGUCGUAUAUAGUGAAAAAUUAUGCGAGAAAUAAUUGAUUUAGCCAGCAAUUACUUGAGAGUUUUGUGAGUCUUUGCUCUCUUGUGGCAGCGUGUUUAUGAUCGACACAAAUAAUUGUACUACCUAUGUUUGUAUUUUUCUUUUA